UGAGCGGAGCUAAGUGGGUGAGGAGAUGUGGCUGUAUGCGGGACUGGUGUUGAUUUUGUAUUUUAUCUUCCACAAAGUUUUCCGCCGCUCCUCCCCGAGUCUCAACCCUUUCGCCAGGGACACCAGGAGACCACCGGAGCCUCUGGUCACCGAUCCAGAAGCCAGGAAGCGGCUUAUCCACAAAGGCUUUACUGCAGAUAAAGUGCCCGAAAACCUUGAUGCCAUUGUGAUUGGCAGUGGAAUUGGAGGGCUCUCGGUAGCAGCAAUAUUGGCAAAAGCUGGCAAGCGUGUCCUGGUGCUGGAACAGCAUGACCAAGCUGGAGGAUGUUGUCACACAUUCAUUAAGAAGGGUUUUGAGUUUGAUGUCGGGAUUCAUUACAUAGGGCAGCUCUAUGAACGAUCCUUCCUGCGGACAUUACUAGAACAGAUUACAGAUGGCCAGUUGGAAUGGGUGAAAAUGGAUGACCUUUUCGACAAUGUAAUCCUGGGAGACCAACAGACCCAACGAAUAUAUCAAGUCUAUGGUGGGAAUCAAAAUUAUCGAAGUUGUUUGAAGAUGCAAUUUCCUCAGGAAACAGAAGCAAUUGAUCAAUUCUUGGAGCAUAUAAAGAUGGUCUCAAAAAAAGCAUCGUUGUUGGUAAUCAUUAAAAUGAUCCCUCUUCCACUGGCAAGGUUCCUGAUAAAGAGUGGCAUCAUCCAUUGGAUCUCAUCAAUUUUCAAGCUGGCAUCCACCCCACUUUCAGAUGUGGUUAACAAGCUGACACAAAAUAAAGACCUUCGAACAGUCAUGUGCUAUGUCUGUGGGGAUUAUGGAGUCAUCCCUAAAGAGGCCAGCUUUAUGAUGCAUGCCUUAGUUGUCCAGAGCUACCAGAGCGGUGCCUGGUACCCAAAGGGUGGCAGCAGUGAGAUUGCCUUUCACAUAAUUCCCGUAAUUAAGAAAAGUGGGGGUGAUGUUCUAAUGCGGGCACCUGUCCAACGUAUAUUAAUAAAUAAAGAUGGUCAGGCCUGUGGUGUGACAGUGAAGAAGGGUAAAGAAGAAAUAAACCUGUUUGCUCCAGUUGUGAUUUCUGAUGCUGGAAUAUUUAAUACCUAUGAACGACUGUUACCUCAAGAACUGCAACGUAAACCAGCCAUCCAGGCUCAGCUCAGCAUGGUACGGCAUGGAAUGGGAGGAUUCAGCGUUUUUGUCGGGCUGGAUGGCUCGAAGGAGGAGUUGGGGUUGAAAGCACAAAAUUACUGGUUUUAUCACAAGAACAACAUUGACGAGCUUUUCAGUAAAUACUGCACACUCAGCAAAGAAGAUAUCACUGAAGGGUAUCCCUUCAUGUUUGUCUCCUUCCCAUCUGCUAAGGAUCCAGCUUGGGAUGCGCGUUACACAGGGAAGUCUAAUAUGGUAAUUGUGACAUUGGCACAUUACGAGUGGUUUGAAGAAUGGAAGGACGAACGUGUGAAAAAGAGAGGAGAAGACUAUGAAAGUUUAAAAAUGGAUAUUGCCAGAAAACUGAUGGACCGAGUUAUCGAAUAUUUCCCACAACUCAAAGACAGGAUUGAGUACAUUAGGGUUGGGUCUCCACUAUCACAUGAGUUCUACAUAGCUUCUUCUCGUGGAGAAAUUUAUGGUGCCAAUCAUGAUGUAUCGCGUUUUAAACCAGAAGUUAUCGCUUCCUUAAGAGCGGGAACACCCAUCAAGAACCUUUACCUGACAGGUCAGGAUAUAUUUUUCUGUGGUUUUACGGGAGCCAUCCAUGGAGGCCUCAUUUGUGCAUCAAGAGUUCUUCAUCGCAAUUUGUACAAUGACAUCAUGAACCUUAAGAAGAAAAUGAAAAAAACAAAAGAAAAGAAGGAAUCUUAACAAAGCUGUUGAAAUUCUAUCUUAUUGGUUUUGUGAUUUCUUUUUACAUGGAGUUCCAAUUUCUGCAGCCAGAGUCAUUGAAACAUUUAUUUGUAGGCCAACCAUUUCACAAUAUUAGAUGAAAGCGACUGUUAAAGUUCUUUCAGGACUGUGAACUGAAUACUACUAGAACUUAAUCACUUACAUCAGGAGACUUGUUUUAUUAGCAGUGUGUACACAAUUGACCUUUUAAUUCAAAACAUCCAACAUCUGGCACCACUGCGCUGUCAGCUUCAGAAUCAAAUUUGCAGUCAAGAUUGUUAAUAAUGUGAUAUGAAUUACAAUGAUUUUCGCAAAAAACUGAGUUGAUCAAAAAUUAAUCUUGGGGAAUGAAGGAUUAACUGUGAUGGUUUGCACAGCGGUUUGUUAAGUAGACAGCUUAACAUAGACAUGGUUGGGCCAAGCAUUUCUUCAGUGAAGAGGUUGAAAGAGUUGUGCUGGUUAUAGAGAUAUAUCACACAGCUGAAAUAUAAAAAAUACUGAAAACACUGCACACUAGCUAGAAUUGAUCAGGAAAUUCAAAUGUGAUCUUUUUGUAAUGUUACUAGGUGCAGAGAAUUCAUAAGGAUCUAAUUGUAAAUGAUCUAAAAAUGUUAUUCCUUCUAAUUGCUGUAUUGUUGUUUGAACUUGCUUUAAGAAUUAACUUGCCAGCAAUAAACCUAAAGCCAAUGUUUCUGAA